AUGGCGUUACCCUUCCAUGUGAAAAUCAUUGAACAAUGCGAUGUAUCUCCACCACCAGAUUCCGUCAUACCUCCGAUUUCACUUCCUCUAACAUUCUUAGACAUUCCAUGGCUUCUUUACCCUCCAUAUCAAACCCUUUUUUUCUUUCCAAAACCUCCGCUAAAAUCCACGACCACCACCGUCAUAUCCCUUCUCAAAAAAUCCCUCUCCACCACCCUCCACCACUUCCACCCUCUCGCCGGAAACCUCUCUGCUCCACCACCACCCGCCGAGCCACACUUAAUUUACACCAAAGGUGACUCCGUCUCACUCACCAUUGCGGACUCAAACGCCAACAUCAACAAUAUCUCCGGCAACCACCCCCGAAACGUCGUCAAUCUUUACUCUCUUCUACCAAAGCUCCCAAUUCCAUCCAUGCCACGUGACUCCCACCUGACCCUCGUCCUCCCUCUUCUCGCCAUCCAGGUUACAUUUUUUCACGAUUUAGGGUAUUCCAUCGGAGUCACGACGCAACAAGUAGCAGCUGACGAAAGAACCCUAGAUCAGUUUAUCAAGUGUUGGGCUUCAGUUUGCAAAUCAUUGUUGAAUAAAGAUUCUUUGGCUGGGUUCAAGUCUACACCUUUGUUCGAUCGGAGUGUAAUUUCCGACCCCAAUUCACUUAAAAUCACGUUCUUGAAACAAUGGUGGAGCCGAUUGAAUUCAUCUAAAGUUUCCGGUGAAGAAGUCGAUCAAAACAUCGUUCAAGCAACUUUCAUCUUGACAUCCUCCGACAUUAGCAUGAUCAAAUACCACAUACUCGAAAAAUGCAAGAUGAUAAAUGAAGACCCACCAUUACAUCUAUCACCCUACGUGAGUGUAUGUUCUUUUAUAUGGAUUUGUUUACUUAAAGUCGAAGAAGCCCAUGAUUCCAGAGGUACAUCUUCUAGUUCUCCUCUUUAUCUAGGGUUUAACGCAGGUGGGAUUAGUCGUUUAAGGGAUGAAAUACCAUCAACUUACUUUGGAAAUUGCAUAGCUUUUGGGAGAUGUAGGGCGUUUAGGAGUGAAUUGUUGGGUGAAGAUGGGGUUGUUUUUGCAGCAAAAUCAAUCGGAAAAGAGAUUAAGAUACUUGAUAAGGACGUUUUAGGAGGGGCUGAAAGGUGGAUAUGUGAAUGGGAUGAAUUGAAUGUUAGGGUUCUUGGUUCACCAAAAGUGGAUUCAUAUGGGAUGGAUUUCGGGUGGGGGAAAGUCGAUAAAGUUGAGAAGUUAUCAAGUCAUCAAAAUUGUAGGGCAAAUCAUGUAAUAUCUUUAACGGGAAGUAGGGAUUUGAAAGGUGGAAUUGAGAUAGGGGUGGCUCUUACUAAGGCUAAAAUGGCUGCAUUCACAGCCCUCUUUAAUGGUGGUCUAAUGAAACUCGUAUGA